AUGGACUACUGCUUGCAAGUCGCUUGGUACCCUGGCAUGGAGGCGAUAACCAACCAAUCCAAUUUUAUCUUCUCGCCUAUGUCCCUCAGGGCUGGGCUCGCGCUGCUCGCCGUGGGCACGCAGGGCCCGACGUUGCGGCAGCUGCUCACGUUCCUGGGCUCCGAAAACACGCACCACCUCGACGCAGCCACAGCGAGGCUCCUCACCAACGUGAGCACGUGGCCACAGCUCUCCUUCGCCGCCGGCAUCUUCGUGGACCGCACGCUUUUCCUCGCGCCGGAGUUCGUGUCCUCCGCCGUCUCUGCUCACUACGCCGUCGCAAGGUCUGUCGAUUUCAAGAAUCAGCCUGCGGCAGCGACCGCUGAGAUGAACGCUUUCGUCGAGCAGGCCACGGCGGGGCGCAUACGCAACCUCCUGUCCGAUGGCGCGGUCCACGGCGACACCAAGGUUGUCCUCGCCAACGGUAUGCACUUCAAGGCGACGUGGGCACGGAGGUUCGAUCCGUCGAACACCGUCCGCGACAACUUCUACCGCCGCAACGGCGAGCCCGUGCGGGUGCCGUUCCUGUCGGACGCUGGCAUGCACUACGCCGAGAGCUUCGACGCCCCUGGACUGGGGUUCAAGGUCCUCCAGUGCUUCUACAAGAUGGUGGGGCGUGACGGCAAGCUGGACCCCAAGGCGCCCUGCUUCUGCAUGCUCAUAUUCCUGCCGCACAGGGACGACGGGCUUCGCGACCUGCUGCGCCUGGCCGUCACUGAGCCGGAUUUCGUCAUGCGGUGCGCGCCACGGCGCGAGCAGGCAGUCUGCCCGUGCAAGGUCCCCAAGUUCAAGUUCUCCUUCACGUUCGACGCGGUGACCGCGCUCUGGCAGCUCGGGCUGUCCGCGCCGUUCGCGGACGGUGCCGACCUGUCGCGGAUGGUGUCGAACAUGCCACGCGAGGGGAUCUACGUGUCGGCCGUGAGGCAGACGUGCGCCGUGGAGGUCGACGAGGAAGGCACGACAGCGGUUGCCGCUAUGUACUGUUAG